GAAAGUGCGGUUGUAACUUGUAGCCAUCUAGUGACCUAAGUCCAAAGUAUGUGUUUAAUUUCACCCAUUUUGUGUUUUCUCAGAAAUUUGUUAUGAAAUAAAGCUAAAUAUAAAUCUGUUUUACAAUGAUAAAACACAAGAGACAAUUUUACCGCACCAUAAUGAGCAGUCUCUAAGGCCAUAUUUUUUUCAACAUUUUCCUUUCCCUUUUGAUAAAUUUAACGAUAGGUAAUGUACAUAGUUCUUAUCAGCGGUAGAUUUCAUGGUCACAUCAAUAUCGCUUAUUUCAUAACAUUCUGAAACAAUUUACUUUGAAGAAAGUUAAGGGUAAUUUGCAGAAUUAUUAAUUACCAUGUUAAACAUUGGUUACCAUUUUCGACUAGUGUUUGUAAAUAUGGCUGUUUGAGUGGAAAAUAAAUGAAUUUUAAUUUUUAUUUUCAGCGUCUUUAAAAAAGGUACAUCUUAAAUCAUAAUGUCGGUUUCCAAGGGUACUGAUAUGUCUAGAGUGUUCAGGGGUAUGCAGAUGGUAUUGGAAGAAAUAAUUAAAUCAAAUGAAAAAAAAUGUAAUACAAGAAUAAAAACAUGUAGUUUAGCAACUGCUUUCAAAGAUGCCACAAUUCAAUUUUCUGAUGGAAUCGGGGCAGCAAAACUGACUCCUGAGUAUAUCGCAAAAGAAGUUUCUGAAAGAACUGCAAUGGUGUUUGAAGGGGUACGAAAUGUAAUUGUAUUGACACUUCGUCAAAAUAACCGUCAAGAAGAAUCUCUACCUGAUGAUCCAGCUGAUAUUGUACCAAUAGAACAAUAUUUAAAUGAAGGACAAGCGUUAAAUGGUCCUUUUAAAGUACCAAGUGAUGUACUAAAAAAACCAUAUUUAUUUGGAAAUAGCUGUGGAAAUAGUAUUUUUAAUAACAUCAAUUAUGAUAAUGAUUGUAAAUAUUUUUAUAAAAACUAUAGUAACAUAUCUAAUGAUUCGGAGAAAAAAAAGAAACCAACUGUUAGUAAAAACUCAAAACCUAAACAACAGCUAAGUGGAUCAGCAAAACAAAAAACAGUCCCAUCUAGUCAUAUUGGUCGUAUGUUGUCAUUUGGUGGAUUAGCUGCUGGUAUUGGUAUUGGAGCUGUUACGGAAAUGACAAAACGAACUUUAGGAGUAAGCAAUUCAACUAAAAAGCAAGAAGGCGGAUACUUAGAAAGUGCAUUUAUUUCACCAGAAAAUGCUGAACGUAUUGCCAAUACUUUAUGUGAAGUCCGAGGUGCUGCUUUGAAAAUUGGCCAAAUUCUUAGUAUCCAAGAUAACAAUUUGUUAAGCCCACAGCUACAAAAAGCAUUUGAAAGAGUACGCCAAUCAGCUGAUUUUAUGCCUACUUGGCAAUUGGAAAAAGUGAUGGUCGCAGAAUUUGGAACGAAUUGGAGAAACCAUUUUGAAUCAUUCAAUGUAAAGCCCUUUGCAGCUGCUUCUAUCGGUCAGGUACACGAAGCCGCAAUCAAAGAUGGGACCAAAGUUGCAGUUAAAGUCCAGUAUCCUGGCGUUGCCGAGAGCAUUAAGAGCGAUAUAGAUAACUUAGUGGGUGUAAUGAAAGUAUGGAAUAUGUUUCCGGAAGGCAUGUUUAUCGACAACAUAGUUAAAGUAGCCAAUAAGGAAUUAGCUAAUGAAGUAGACUAUGAACGUGAAGCGAAAUGCACCAAAAAAUUCAGGCAGUUAUUAGAACCAUAUCAAGAUUAUUACGUUCCACGAGUUAUCGAUGGAAUAUGUACAAAGCGUGUAUUCACUUCAGAGCUGAUAGAAGGCAUACCUUUGGAUAAAUGUGAAAAUAUGGAUCAAGCUACGAGGAACAACGUUUGCUUUUUAGUUUUGCAAUUGUGUCUUAAAGAGCUUUUUGAGUUUUCAUACAUGCAAACAGACCCAAAUUGGGCUAACUUUUUUUACAAUGAAGAAACUAAACAACUUAUCUUAUUAGAUUUUGGUGCAACUCGAUCGUUUGAAAAAACAUUUUUAAACAAUUAUUUAAAUAUUAUCAAAGCAGCAGCAGACAAUGAUCGGGCUAUGGUUUUAGAACUAUCUAAAACAAUGGGUUUUUUGACUGGGUAUGAAUCUAAAGCUAUGGAAGAAGCUCAUGUUGAAAUGGUUAUGAUAAUGGGUGAAGUGUUUCAAAAAGAAGGAGAGUACGAUUUUGGAUCUCAAGAUUCCACUAAACGUAUUCAGACAUUAUUGCCAGUAAUAAUUUACCAGCGGUUAACACCACCACCUGAAGAAAUAUAUAGUAUUCAUAGAAAAUUAUCAGGUAUAUUUUUACUAUGUUCCAAGUUGAAAGCUAAAUUCAUGUGUCGCAAAUUAUUUUAUGAUUCUUAUGAAGGGUUUAAAAAUAAAUAGUAAGAAGCUAUAUAUUGUUUGUUAGUUUUU